AUGGACGACCCCUUACUACAACUGGCGGGCCUACCAGGAAUGAGGUCUCUCGGAAACGGUCCACUCCCUGACGACGGAGUUGAUCGCACACCAACCCAAAGAUAUCUUUACAACACCAGGGCAUCGUAUGACAGUAAAGGAUGGUCGAAAGAUUUCUUAUCCACUGACGGUCGAGUAAGAUACUUGGAACGCAGCAAUUUAGCCCCGUUUUCGACAAAUAGAAAUACCUUCCUUGGUUUGCCUUGCGAUCACAAGGAUGAUUGUAAUAUUGGUUAUAAUCAUUGGACCAGCCCAUCAGCUACAAGAUUUAUUCCCUGUGGACAAAUGGUACCAUACUAUCUCAACGGCCAUGGUUGUUGUCCAAAUUGGCUUCUCAGGGGUCUUAUGCUUCUACCUUUGCCAAUUAGAGAAAUUAUCUACGAGCAAAUCGUUCAUUAUGAGGAUCUCCUUAGUUGGGUUUCCACGAAUGAUGAAUCGACACAGACAGUAAAGACUAAGGAAACAGACUCCAGUUUCGUCUUUAAGCAGUAUUAUGGGGUUCCUAAACUCGAAGAUAAGAUUAAGAUAACCACGUGCCAUGCAAUGGGAGAGUUUUGUUGGAUAAGAGGGUUCGCGGAAGCGUUGCGAAGACGAGAAAACGACGGUAGCCAAGAGGCGAAAGAGGUUUUGAUCGACUUUCUUGGAUUCCUUAUCCCACGUGUGUUGUGGUCUAUGAAAUGCUGCAACCAGCGAUGGAAGAGUGAUCUUAAUGUUCCUAUCAUUGAGGUGUGUAAUUAA